AGAAGCGCGCGUGUUCUGGGCGCGCCGUAUGUACGUACGGGGGACCAGUUCCCUACCCGGCGUUCUGUCGGUCGGUUCGCCUGGCGUGGAUUGCAAAGUGCGGGAAUUCUGAAUUUUUUUUUCUGUACCGAAGACGGUGCGUGUGACUCGACUGCGACGACAUCUGCCGGGGACUGUGCUGUUGUUUGUUCCGAGCAGAUCUUCGUCAAAGAUGGGGACCACUGGCUGUUGAAUUUUGAACUAUGGGAUUCUCCUUGCAAAUGCAAUUGCUCUAAAAGUAAUGAUCAGAUGGGAUGUCUCAUUGAUCGAAGACAAAAAAUAGUUAUGUCGUUUAAUAAUAUUUGUGUUCGUGAUUGUUACCUUUGUACAACUAAGAAAUCUCUUGGAUGGUUCAUGAACGUGGAGGGAAGCUGCAUAGGACUGAAAGGGUUGAAGAGGUAUAGAUAUAAAUAUUAUAAUUCAACAAAGUUUUAAUAUUGACUAUUUUUCAGUCUAUUUUUUUUCUUUCUGAACACCAUAUAAUAGCUAUUGUAUUACGGCAAAUAAUAUUGGAAGUUUGUAUGACAUACAAACAAGGGUUCAAAAUAGUUCAAUAUUGUGGUUAUAUAUACUUUUAUAGUUCUGAUUCAGAAGAUAUAGAUAUACCUUAUCACGCUCUUCGAUUUGAUGUGGUAUUAGGAAAUAUUUUAAUUUACAUUUUGCUUCCGUAUCGUUAUUUUCUUGUUAAAUUUGUAAUGAAAAUAUUGAACUCUCAUUACAAAUAAAUGUAUAUAUG